CCUCACUACCCGGACCGAGUUUCCGGCGGAAGUAGCAGUGCCGAAUUGCUGUUAAUGGCUCGUGUGUUAUUGCAGCAAUGCCUCUCUGCCCGGUUGCAAGUGGAGGACGAUGCGGCUGCUGAAUGUGUUCAGAUUCAAAGAGGGACAUUGAUCUAUGUCUGCUUUUGUAAAGGUGCUACCCUCGACAUUGUUCCCAAAAUGGUUAACACGUUGUUGAAUGUGAAGCUCUGUGAGACCAAUGAAGACAACUAUGUGUCAGUGUUGGAUCUACCUGCUAAUGUUCUCAUUAUACCUCAGGCCACAUUGGGUGGUAAAGCCAAGGGGCGUAACAUGCAGUACCAUUAUAACAUUGCAAAAGAGGAAGGAAAAGAGCUUUAUGCACAUUUUGUUGCUCUAUGUGAAAAGGCGUUUGCCUCAAAUGGUAAAUGUGCUGAAGCUGGUGUUGUGGUCAGGCAUGGGACCUAUGGGAACAGACAAGUGUUGCAAAUGGACACCAAUGGACCAUACACACACAUGAUUGAAUUUUAAAUCAUGAUUUCAUAAUAUAGAAAUGUGUACUAGCUUACCUUUCUGCUGCUUUUAAUUGGAUAGGUCAUUUUUUUUAGACCAGACCCGCAGUGAGUCAGUCCCCUUGUAUUACUAGAGUAUAUUCAAAGUGUUUGGGUCUAAAUGAAAGCCUCAACUGAUAUUUGAAUUCUGCUUUAUCUUGAAUGAAAUUUUAUUGGGUAGUUUUGGCUAGAACGUUGGAGCAAUUACCUCAAAAUAAGAUAACUCUAACCCAGGUUAGAAGAAAGGUAACUGAUUAGAACCAUCACACUUCAACAUGGGUGGAAUGAUCUGGAUUUAAUCCCUGCCAAAAUGUCAGGUCCAUUGGCAGGUCAGGAAUCCUUUUGACUAAUGAGCGGGUUUUGACGAAGCUCUUCCACUGAGCCAAGAUAUUAGCAUUCCACCUCUUGAGUUGCCAAACCGAUCAGAUGAUGCGCAGGAUGCCAUGUCCAAUCUAUUCAAGGAGGGAUUUCUAAUUAAAUGCUCAUUCAGCGAGCUGGUACAGAGAGCUGAAUGGCUUCCUGCACCAUAACAACUCUGUGAUUCUUUAAAGGGGUUAUAGUGACACUCAGAAAUUGGAUUUUUAAGGUUGCAGCAGCCACAGGAAUGGUGAGGAGAGCAUGGAGGACCGCUCCUCAAGUCUCUCACUCUUACCUAGAGGUCCUGCUGUGGGAUCAGAGGGGCUGCAGUGAGGUGAGCUCUCCCAAGGACAGGUGGGAGAGAACAGUCUCUCCAACCAAGCAAACUUGGAUUAAAGUGGCCAAGAAUGUUAGCAGCAUAUAUGUGGUCCCUCCAACCUGGAAACCGGAUCUCACUCAGGAAGGCAUGACGUUGAAUGGCAUCACAUUUUCACUUUGCCAUGCUUAGAGCUUUCAGUGUGACUGAUCAAAGCCUUUGCAGGUUGUCAGUUUCACUGAGGAAGCCCUCCCCACUGUGUACUGACCUUGGUGACCCUGGCGAGUUGUUGACAGAUUAGGAAGCAAAUGCCCUGGCUGUUAAAACUAGAAUUGAUGGUUAACACAAUACUUAAUUGGCUUUUAUUAGUAUCUUAAUUGGUUUCCUGUGCCACUGAAAACUGGAAGAGGGUAGGAUGAUGUCAGGAUUUUGACUUGACGUUACUUUUGUGGAAUUUCACUCUCCUUCUGUACCCAAACGUGCCUUUCCUUGCCUGGGAAAAUUUCAUCCAAUGUGUUUCUUUCAGCUGAUAAUGAAUGAUGAUGACAGCAGAUGUGAAGAGUUUAUGACAUGUUAUAUUCUGGUGCAAUUUCAAAUACAAAAUAAAAGUAAGUUAUUCUCUGCACAAUCA